AUGGAAAAAGAUGUUCAAAUUCAAAAUAUUCAAUGGAACAACCAGAUAGAGCUGUUGUUUAUACAGCUCUACCAGGCUGAGCCCAUUUUAUGGGAUGUGUCAUUAAGAGACUAUAAAAAUAAAUUACGCACAUACGACGCGUGGUCGCGAAUAAGCGAUAUAUUGGAAAUACCUGUAGAUAAACUUCAACAAAAGCGUAAUUCCCUAUUAUCGAGCUACAGGGCCUACAAACUUAAAGUGAAAAAGUCGAUUAAGUCCGGGGCCGGUGCGGACGAAAUAUACAAGCCAUGUUGGUUCGCGUACGAAGUUCUGGACAGCUUUUUAAGGGAUAAGGAUACCCCAAAGAAAACAAUAACGACGGAGGACAAAGAAAAUGUGAAUAAAGAAAAUGAAGAAGAAAAUCUUGAAAAAUCACCACCAGCUCAAUCUCAAACUAUCAGAAGAAAACAAAAUCCGCCGGAGCUUCUGCAUGCAGGCCGUAUGGUAGAAGAAGCCCUGAGUACCUUUAACACAACUAUGAAGCAUUGUGUUAAAGAUACUCAGGAUCCAGACGACUGUGAUUUAUAUGGUCAACUUUUGGCCAAAAAGUUGAGAGCACUUAGGAGGCGCAAAGAACUACAAGGAGAGAUUGAAAAACAAAGAGAACAAGGUAAAAGAGUAAUACUUCGGCACGACAAAAUAAUAACUCUUAAGGACAACCACCUCAAAGCUUCCGACGACAAAAGGAAAUCAACAAAAAGAAUUCUCUCGGAAUCUCCUGAAAGCACAAGAGCUAAAACCACAACCGAGAAAAGCAGAAUCUCUCCAAUUCGGCGCUACCGCUACCAGCUGGCUAAGCAAUGUGAAGUUAGCAGAGCUAAGAUGGCUGCCGCGCCAGCCAAUCACAGCGCGCCGUUCAGACGCGGCGCGGAGGCGAAACUGGCCUCAAAAAUCCCCACUGAGCCUGACGACUGA